ACAUACAUACCCCCCUCUCAGUCUCUUUGGAAGCUGCUGUCAGCUCCCGUGACUUGGACCGGACAAUGGCUUCUUCCGAGCUCUGGGCAAUCGACUAUGAGAUUUAUGGGGAAGUCCAAGGUGUCUUCUUUAGAAAGUACACCGAAGAGCAAGGGAGAAAACUAGGACUGGUUGGCUGGGUGAAGAAUACAGCCAGUGGGACUGUGACUGGACAAGUGCAGGGGCCAAAGGAGAAAGUGGAGAUUAUGAAGAACUGGCUACGCAGCAUCGGAAGCCCCAUGUCUCGCAUUGAUCAGGCCGUGUUCUCCAACGAGAAGCAGAUCACUGCUCUGGAGUUCCAGUCCUUCACCACCAAAUAUUAAAGGCAGUUGGCUGGUCCAGAUGGGAUAUGGCUAUGUCUAAGUACCACAAGGGCUUUUCUACUCCAAAGGAAGUAUCACCUUCCCUCAACCAGGUUGCUACUGACAUUAGUGUGUGCUUUACACCUAUGGCACUUCCAAGAUUCUUGAUUCUUCCAUGCUGCUAGUGAACUGGAAAGCAUCUACUGCCCUUAAACAUCUGCUAAAACAAUGUAUCUACUGUCCCUCCCCUCCCUUCUUAUAAUUUGUGAAAAGGUAGUAGGGG